AUGGAGGUGAAGACCCAGCCAUCUGACAAAGGUGACCUGCCUUCUCAGAGCCCUGCUCCUACUUCAGAGAACGUCUCCAAAAAGAAGGGAAGACUACCAGUCAGAUUCCGGCCCACCUGGAGCACGGAACCUGUGAUCUUCAGGGAUGUGGCCAUGUACUUCACCCAGAAGGAAUGGCAGCUGCUGAAGCCCGCCCAGAAGGACCUGUACAAAGAGGUGAUGCUGGAGAACUAUGGGAACCUGGCCUCCUUGGGGUAUCGGUUCUUCAAACCCAAGCUGAUCACCAGGUUAGAGCAAGGAGAUGAGCCCUGUGUCAAGGAGAGAGACGUCCCUCAAGAGCCCCAGCACAGCAGUGCUGGAGUCAGCGAGAGCCCCGUGUCCACUGACAAGAAGACACAGCUUACACCGAACACGACAUUUCCAAAGCCAGACAUCUCUACGAGGCCAUCCCUGGGGAAGGCAAAGGAAAUGGCCCAAAAGAAUGCUAGGAUGGAAGGGACUUUGGAAACUGAGGCCAGGCUACCGAGGAGCACACAAAAAUCUGGCCCCAGCCUGGCUGCAGACUCAGACAAAAAAAUUCUCCCUGUAGAGCAAAACCAUGAGUCCACGGCGGUGAAGAGAUGCCUGAGCCACCCACCACCAGCAACGACAUCACGGAGCACCGCUCCAGAAAAGAAGACCCUAAAAAAAGAUAUUCAUGGGAAAAGCCGGGUGCCAGGCUUCCCAAAGCAGAAUCGUCCAAAAAUCCAACGGGGGAAGCCACACUUUAAAUGUAAAGAAUGUGGGAAAACUUUCAACCAGACCCUCCACCUCAUUGAGCACGAGCGGAUCCACACAGGAGAGAAACCCCACAAAUGUGAUGAAUGUGGGAAGUCCUUCCGGCAUAGCUCCUACUUCUUCACGCAUUAUAGGAUUCACACCGGCGAGAGGCCCUACAAGUGUAAGGAGUGUGGGAAAGCCUUCAACAGCAGUUCCACGCUGAGCAGCCACUACAGGACCCACACGGGAGAGAAGCCCUUCAAGUGUGAGGAGUGUGGGAAAACCUUCAAGCAGAGCACAAAGCUCACUCGUCACCGGAGGGUGCACACAGGGGAGAAGCCGUACCAGUGCAGCGAGUGUGACAAAUCCUUUGGCCGCAGCUCCUCCUUGACGGAGCACAAGAGAAUCCACACGGGGGAGAAGCCGUACCACUGCAAAGUGUGUGGGAAAGCCUUCAGAUGCAACUCGCAUCUUUUUGAACACCAUCGGAUCCAUCAGGAGGAGAAGUCCUACCAGUGCGGCCAGUGUGGGAAGUACUUCCGAAAUAGCUCCCACCUGUCGGAGCACAGGAGGGUUCACCAGCUGGGGCCCUCGGAGCGGUGCCAGGAGUGUGGGAGAACCUUCCGGCGCAAGGCAGCCCUUCUCAAGCAUCAGAAGGGCCACAGAGAGACUCACACCUACCAGUGUGAGGGGUGCGGGAAGGCCUUCCGCUGUAAGUCGAGCAUCGAGAGACACCAGAGGAUGCAUGCCGGCCAGAAGCCGUACGUGUGCUCUGAGUGUGGGAAAGCUUUCACCGACGGCUCCACACUCAUCAAUCACCGCAAAAUCCACACCACGGGGAAGCUGCACCCGUGCCCCAAAUGCAGAAGGGCGUUCAGGCGGCUCUCGUCCCUGGCGCUCCACCAGAAAGUGCACGCCAGAAAGAGACAGUGA